CUUUUACUUUCUUUUUUUUUUUAUAUAUCUAAUUAUCAACUUUUUGACCAGUUCUUUGGAAACCAUCUUUUUCUAUUACAAGUGAAUAAAAAAUGAUUCAUCAAUCAUCACCAACAUUAUCAAAUCCAGUGUUACUUCGAUCGAUUAAAAAUGAACAAGAUUGGUCUCAACCGGAAAAUGAAAAAAUACUUUUAUUACAACAACGUAUCCCAGAAUUAAUCAAGAUGUCACCUUCAAAUGGAAUGGCUGGAACUGUUUUAACUGUUUGGGUACAAUAUCUUUUUACUGGUCAAUUUACUCCAAGACUUGCUUUUAAUACUUUGAUAGUUGAUACAAAAAUGGUUCAAUCUCAAGGUGUAACUACUCUUGUCGCUACUGUACCAACUCCUGAAGAAACUGGUGCAACUGGUUCAAUCAUUCCUAUCUAUUUAUGUUUAUUGGAUAAAGAUAAUAUUAUUGUGACAUGGCCUCUAGCUGAAUUUACUUUUGAUUCUAACAAAAUGGAAAAUAUAGAUCAAAAAUCAACAACCCUUGACGAUCGAUCUUGUAUCUAUAAUCCAUUUUAUCAAUCAUCAUCUCCAACAUCAGCUGUCACUAAUUAUUCUGGUUUAUCAAAUCAACAAGAAUUAUCCCCUUCUUUAUAUGGAAAAUAUGCAUUUCGACCUAAGAUGUCACCUAUGAAUGAUCUCUCUUACAACAACAACAAUAAUAAUAAUAAUAUUAUUCCCACUACUAUCGCAACUAACAAUAUCUUCCCUACAAACUCGGGUUUCACAAACGUCUUGACAGGAAAUUUCUAUCCAACAAUUACCUCUUCCAAUGAGACCAUGGAUACUCCACGUGCCAAUGUGUUACAAUACCCUUAUAUGCAACCUAACACUAUUCAAUCAUCCUCACACUUUAAUCAUCAUACACGCGCUCAUUCUCAUAUAUCAUACAAGACAAAUUCUCAUGUACCAACAACAUCUUUGGCCAACUAUCAACCUUAUCCUUCGCUUACAUGUCGUACCAAUCUUCAUAUCAUUGGUAAUAUGGAUUCCAUCAUCGAUGAUUGGUCUCCCGAAGAAUGGCGAAACAAAAGACGUCUAGUGCGAUUCUAUGGAACAAGAACGAAUCAUGAUAUUCGAUGUAUGUUUGAAAAAAUACCACCUACCGACAACAACAACAACAAAAUCAAUAAUACAAUAUCUAUUCCGGCAACAAUAGCUGAUACCUUCCUCAAAGAUGACGAUGAUGAUAACGAUGAUAAGGAUGGGAACAACAAUAAUGAUAAGAAUGCAACACAAUCAGUACAAGAUCCAGCUACUAUAGUCUCAUGUAUUUACUGGCAAGAACGAAAUGAUUGGUUUAUUACUUCUGUGGAUUGUAUUCAACUAUUGGAGCAUCUCAUGGAUUCUCGAUUUUCGGUGGAAGAAAAAAAUCGUGUACGUCGCAAUUUGGAAGGAUUUCGUCCCGUGACCGUCAGCAAAUGCAAAGCAGAAAGUGCUGAUUUCUUCAAAUUGAUCAUGUCAUUCCCCAAUCCCAAACCAAGAAAUAUUGAAAAGGAUCUCAAGGUAUUUCCAUGGAAAGCAUUACCUUAUGCUCUCAAGAAGAUCAUCACAAAAUAUACAGCAACUUCCUAUGGUAACAACAGCAGUAGUGGCAAUACGAAUCAAGCUUUUUCUACUUUGGCACCAUCAUCAUUGACUUAUCCACGACGUUCAUCAGCUCCAUCACGAGAUCAUGAUCCAUUUUUCUUCAACAACAAUAAUGAUAAUAAUAAUAAUAUGGAUGAUAGUCUCAAACCAUCCGUGGAUGAUAGUCUCAGACCACCCGUUUCCCCUACAGCAUCUCUUUCUUCUCCUGCAAGGCUUUCAUAUCAACAAUCUCGACCUUUGUCUACCCCUGAUGCUAUGGCUACUUAUCGUUUCCGGUUACCUCCUAUGGAUGAUCCUUCCUUCCCUAUGGCUGACUUGAUGAAUAAUUCAGAUUAGUAUAUCUUUUAUAUAUAUAUAGUGAAUAGUAUCAACGUCUAUUUUUUUUUGUGUCCCAUUCUGUACAUACUGACCUUUAUUAUCUUUUUUAUAUAAUACUCC